CUCGACACUUUAAAUACUAUGGGCUUUGACCAAAUGACACCAGUCCAAGCAGGUGCAAUUCCUUUGUUUAUGAAGAAUAAGGAUGUAGUUGUCGAGGCUGUGACAGGUUCAGGAAAAACUCUGGCAUUUGUGAUCCCAAUCAUUGAGAAGCUACUGAGAAGAGAAGAACCUUUAAAGAAUCAUGAGAUUGGCGCUGUAGUAAUUACUCCUACUCGUGAAUUGGCUCGACAGAUCCACAGCGUGUUUGAGCUGUUUGUAAAAGACCAUCCCCGUCAAGACCAGAUUGCCCUUGGACUUUUUAUUGGUGGGUCUGGAACACUUCCUCAGGAUACCGUUACAUUCAAACGCGACCAACCUCGGAUAUUGAUUGGCACACCUGGACGCCUGGAUGAGCUUUUGUCAAAGUCAUCAAAAUUGGUCAACACCAAGGAAUUAGAAGUACUGGUUAUGGAUGAAGCCGAUCGUUUGUUGGAUAUGGGUUUCACCCAGCAAUUGAAUAGUAUUAUUGCUCAACUACCUAAGCAGCGUCGUACUGGUCUUUUCUCAGCUACAAUGACCGAUGGUCUUUCUGAACUUGUUCGUGCUGGUCUGCGUAAUCCUGUUCGUAUUGUUGUCAAGGUUGAGGAUCUGAACAACAAGGGUAGUGUCCAACGUACACCAGCAAGUCUUGAAAUUGACUAUGUUGUUUGUGAACCCGAACAAAAGUUGACUCAGAUGAUUCGCAUUCUCGAGGCUGAACUGGCAGACCCCGAAGGUGCACGUAAAUUUAUUGUGUACUUUGCUACCUGUGCAUGUGUCGAUUACUUUUUUAAGCUUCUCUCGCGUAUUCCCCAGCUCAAGCCUUUCUCACUUCAUUCACUCCAUGGACAAAUGGACCCUAAAAAACGAACAGCUACUUACACCGCUUAUACUCAGCUCCCAUCAGCCGUACCAGCCAUUCUAUUUUGUACAGAUGUAGCCUCUCGAGGUCUCGAUAUUCCCGAGGUAGAUUAUGUUAUUCAGGUGGAUCCUCCUCAAGAUCCCAAGGCAUUUACUCACAGAGCUGGACGUGCAGCCCGUGCAGGUCGCAAGGGUAAGGCUACUGUCCUCUUGGUUCGUGGUAGAGAAGAAGUGUAUGUCGACUUUUUGAGACUUCGCAAGGUUCCAUUGGAAAGAGCACCAUACCACGAUCCUUCAGUAACCGAAAUUAUUCGCACAAUGCGAGAGGUUGCAAAGACAGACAGAGAUAUUUAUGAUCGUGCUAUGAAGGCAUUUGUGUCGUGGGCACGCGCUUACUCAAAGCAUGAAGCAAGCUAUAUCUUCAGAAUUAAGGAUGCAGAGCUUGCUCGUGUUGCCACUGGGUAUGCACUCUUAAAGCUUCCCAAGAUGCCUGAGCUGAGAGAUAAAAAAGACCUUCAAUUUGAAUACCAAGAUAUCGACUGGGAUAACUACAAGUAUCUUGACAAGCAAAAGGAAGAGAAGCGUGUACGCGAGAUGCUUGAAUACAAAGCAACUGCCCAAGCACGUGCUGAAGCACAAGCAAAGGCUCAAAAGCCUAAAAAAUCUUCUGCUUGGUCUGAAAAACAGGAUGCCAAGGAUCGUAAGCUUGAUCGUAAGGCCAAGAAGGAGCGUAAGCGUGAAUUUUUGAAGCGUUCUUUGGAAGAGGCCAAGAUAAAGAAGGAAGAAUCUGAAGACGAUUGGGAUGAAUUGGCCAAUGAAGAACGUCUUGCUAAGAAGGUUAAACGUGGCCGUAUGGAUAGAAACGAGUUUGAUAAGAUGGUUAUGGGUGAUGAUGAAGAUUUUGAUUUGGGGAUGGAUCUUCCGGAAUAAGCAUAUUCAAUAUGUUUGUGUGCAUUAUUUUCCUCCUUGCUUGCUUGUUUGUUUGUUUGUGUUUUGUAUGUGUAUUAUUUAUAAACUAUUUGUAUUUCUCUUCUUAUUUACCACACAGGAUUGGCCAUGACAUGAUCAAUAAUUUGAUUAAAUACUUCUUUUUGCUCCUUCAUACUUUCAGCAGACUUGAGGGCAAUACCCAACAUUAUAUGACGCUUUUCGUGGGGGUUCAUAGCCGCCACGGCCUGAGUGAUCGAAGCUGCAUACAGACAGUAAAGCUCACACUGCGGGCCUGUCGACUCUCCCAAGAGAACAUGACUUGUUGUAGGCACAGCAGCAGGAUUGCUGGCC